AAAGACUAACCAGACAAAAAAAAAAGUUGCCUGCUGUUGGCUCUUUCGCAAAGUCGGAGUCUCCCAAAAAGUAGUUACCACCUUUCCCCUCAAAAAAUCCAGUUGUUGUAUGUGUCAUACAACUAAACGACAUUAAACUGAAACAACAAAAAAAAGAAGGUGAGAGUGCAUUAGCUCGCUCGCUAAUUGUCGUUUAAUCAUCUCUCGCAAUUUGCCAAUUAUACAAAACGACCAACGUUUUGACGUUUGUGUAAAAGGACAAUUCACAUCUGUUGUCUAUUCAUUUUCUGUUGGGACAAGAAAAAGCGGAAUGUCAGGGUACAUCCGCUAAGAGACAUCAUAAAAAACACCAAAGAGUGUUUUUUUGUUUUGUGGGAAUUUGUUUUUUUUUUUUGUUUUUGUUAAAUUCCCUCCUCGUUGGAGGAAUCAUCUAGAAUGUCGAAUCCUAUUCCACCAUUCGUUUGUAAUACGCCUCCGCCAAUUGACUGUAUUGCCGAUGCACCACCGCCUUUAGUUGAAGAUGACUUUGGUGAUUUUGCAGUCGUGGAUGAUCAUCAAUUUGAAGUUUCAUCUUUGCCAGUGACACCUGUACACGUUGCAAAAUUGCCCGACAUCACACCAAGCGUCGUCGUUAUUAAAGAAUCUUCUCCACCCCCUCUGCCUGAUUCUGUUUAUGAUUUUCCACCAGAAGACAAAACAAACGGCACUCCAAUAGAUAAUAAUAACUCAUUUACAAAAGAAACCACUACAAUUUCUUCAUUCUAUCCUCCAUCGAAUGCUUCAAAAGCUGACGUCAAAAAUGAUUUACCCUAUAUAAUAGAAGCUAACAGCCCACCGCCAUUCGAAUACGUACCAGAAGAUGAUGACGAUCUUCCUCAAUGCGUUGAACUCGAUGACGACGAAGAACCAGAUGAGUUUCCUGUCGACGACGAUAUGGGCAAAUACGAUGAUAAUAUUAGUUUACCAUCACUUAAAUUCGAUUCACUAAGUAAUCACUCGAAAAGCACCACCCCAGUGUCAGAUGAACAACUGGCAAAACCAAAACUCGAAGAACCUGAAACGAUUCCUAAAAUCGAUGUCGAUGUGGCAGAGGUUAUAGAUGUUAAACUCGUGAUGAGUUCAACGGAUAGAAUUCGUACGCCAGACGAAGAACUCAAUUCAGUUCCGAUUGAAUCUUUGAAUAUUGCAGACGAACUCGAAAAAUGUGAUGAUAUUAAUUUGAGUCAGUUGAGUGAGGAGCAGGAGGAUGAUUUCGCAGAGUUUGAGGCAUUCCCUACUCCUUUGGUGUCUAAUGAUAUACCUAAAAUCCAAGAGGAGCCUCGUGAAAAUGAUCUCCCGGUAAAAGAAGUUAUCGAUGACAAUAAUACCGAGCCAGUGUUCGAGGCUGACUUUAGCCAAUUCUCUAGCUUUGCAACUGAAACUGUUGCGCCACCAGUAGUGACAUCCCAAAUUAUUGAAAACAGUCAAUUUACAGAGAAAUCAACUCUAGAUGACUUGGAAGCUGAUGAUUUCGAUGACUUUCAAGACUUUACAGUCCCCUCAACCACAACGGAGGAGCGAAAAGCAUCAGUUUAUUCAGCUUCAUCGGAAGUUGCAGAAGAUCCUACUGAAACUAUCAAAAACUCCGAAGAAGACGAUAAUGAGGACGAGGAUGAUGAUUUUGGAGAAUUCAGUGAAGUUGUUGAAACCAAUGAAGCCAGCAGCAUUCCAUCAAGCAACAGUGGCUUCAAUUUAGCCAACCUUAACGAAAAACUAAAACCAAUUCUUGAUAUGAUGUUUCCUGUUGCCAAUCCAAAUGACCAAAAAGAUGAAGAAGCACCAGAAUAUACUCCAUCAGACUUAAACGACCUAAAUCAACUAACGGCGAUAAACCAAAUUGACACAGCGAAAGCCCUGGAACAUCAAUGGAUCAAUUCAGAAGUGCGACAUUCGUUGAUUAAAUCACUUGGCGUCGAUUCUAGGAAUAUCCUCUAUGGCGAGAAAUGGAAUAGUUCUAUGCCACGAUAUGCGGCCAAUUUGAGUUUUAAUCCCUUGGAGCCAAUGAAAUCUGACAAAUCAACCAAUAAUAGUUCAUCAUCAACCAAUACGACCGAUUAUCGAAAACGUUCAGAUAGUCUAACAUCGACAUCGACAAAAACCGAUGUACCAGCUGUGGAGUUUGAUUGGAAUAGUUCGGGUUUGGUGAAUCCAUUAGAUGCAUCACAAGCACACACUUUACUAUUGGACCUAGACCAACUAGUGGUGGUGGCUAAUCUUGAUAAAAUAAAUCUUGAUUCCUCCUGUUCCUCUCCAUGUUUCGCAACACCGUCACCAUCGUCUUCGUCGUCGUUAAUCUCAACCUCAACUGUACCAACAACCCAAACGGAUGCAACUGUUAUCACUGUAAAACAAUCACAACAUGCUGACGAUUUGCUUGCAAUCGAUGUUCAACAUCAAUCACCAUCGCAAACUAAUGAUCUUAUCACGAUGUCAUCGCCGUCGUCUUUGUCGUCAUCAUCUAUGUUGUUGUUACCACCAAUAUGCAAUUCUAAUGUUUUUGUAACUGGCACGUGUCGCACUAAAAAAUGCUUAAAUGAUUUUGAAAAAUCAAUUAAUGACCAUGUAACCAAUGCUAAUUUUAUUAAUAAUACUACUACUACAACAACUACUAAUAACAUUUUUGCUAACCUUGGAUCCAAUGAUCAUAACUUCAAUCAAUAUUUGGACUUUAGGGUUAAAGAAAUCUUACACGAGAGAACGAUUGAAACGCUUCACACGACGCAGCCUGGGGAAUCUAAUGCACCCACUGACCAGCAAUCGAGUACAACCCUCAAAAGUAAUAACAACAACAUCAAUACCAACAACAACAACGUCUAUGACAGCGACAAAUCACUACGAUGCUUUAUCGACGACGAGGAGACAAUCUCAACCCCAAUUGAAUUUAAGUCGAAUGCGGAUGCACCAGUUGCCAUUUCAACAGCAGCGCCAACAGCAACAACCAUCAUCACAGCCCCAACUACACUAUCAGGCGACUACAUUGAUAUAACCGGGAAUGAAUUUCAAUCCAGUGUACUAGAAACCAAUUUAGACACUAUCACAGCCACAUCACAACAAGUACUUAACCAUAACACAACUCAUGCAGCCAAAUAUCAGGAAAGCCUUAAGACUGAUCUGGAAACAGAAUCACAACACUCUGGCGUUGUGAGCACGUCUACUUAUGCCGGUCCUCUUAAGGAAACUCACAUCUUCACCCCAUCCAAAGGUGAGAAUAUACUCUCUACGACGAGGUCGUCCUCGUCCACCGCACCAAUAAAGACACCACGCACCUCAGAGAGUAAUAAAUGUCCGAUUGAUUUUGAUUAUGAAAUAGCUGCAGCUGGAAUUAUAAUCGAUGAGACGGUUGUGAAGAAAGAGUAUCGGGAUGUUGAAUAUAAUCCUGGUUUUGGAUCAAAAUAUCGUGAAGACACAAUCGAACAUAAUCAUCGUUUAUCGCCAGAAAUCGGACUCUCGAAACACAAUUAUCACAGCAAUGACCUUGUAAAUAGCAGAGAACCUCCAAGAAAUCAACUCGACGAUGCUAGAGUCAUACCAGAUAAGAAUAUUGUUGAAAAGAUUAAACCAAGCGUACCUAAUAGCAACUCUUUUGAUGAUGAAUUUAGCGAUUUCCAAUCUGUUCCGCCACCUGCACCAGUACCAUUAUCAGUACUACCCACCAUUGUACCUUCCACUAUUAUUCCGUCUUCAGUGGUUGCUGAACCAAAAAGCAGUCCUAGUCAUUGGCGAGUUCUAAAAGAAACCGCUGAAGUUUCCUCCUUGAACAGUCGUACGGGAACACCAGUUUCUCUUAAUGACGAAAUGAUUCUCUGUCCAGCGAUUUUACUCCCACAAGCAAUUCAAAUGGAAAGUAAACCGAAAAUCGAAUGGCCUGAGCCAGGAAUUAACCCCGAAGAACUAGCACGCAUUGAAGAACUCUUUCCCCAACCAAAAGGAAGCAGCAAUAAACCAUCACCUAGUCACAGUGGGCGAUCUCAACAGAAUGCUAGCAAUAGAGCUACUCCCCAGUUAAACGCUGAUGACGAUGAUUGGUCUGACUUUGUUUCAGUUCCAGCAGCUGCAACCAAUCACAUCCAGAGCAUUAGCCAGCAAUUUCAAAAGAGACAAGUAUCUCCAGCAAAAUCUGCUUCGGACCCAAACAAUGAUGAUGAAUGGUCAGAUUUCGUAUCAAGUGCACCACCACCCCAAAACAAUAUGCGUCCAUCUGUUUAUCCCCAAUUCAAUAGUGCUUCAUGGCAAAAUGCAAAUUUCUACAACAACCCAAUGAGUGCAUAUGCUUCGCCACCAACAAGUUUCUACUAUCAGCCGCCUGCACCGCAGCAAAAUCUCAGCAAUAAUCUUGUGCCAAAUUUAUCGAACCUCAAUAAUAAUACUGCACAGCCACCAAACAACAAUAUCAUCAAUAACAAUUCAAUCAAUCAGUAUUUGAUUAAUAACCAAGCGAAUCAUUUGAAUCACCAUCAUCAGCAGCAUAUUCAAAUGAUGCGUGAUUUUUCGAGUGCUUCACCCAUGGACGGUGGAUCUUUGUCAUCGACAACACCAUCGAUGCAUCAUCAAUAUUCUUCAAUGCAAUCAGCACCUGGUUAUGGAUAUAGUCGUGGACUACAGCAACAACAGCAGCACCACCAUCCACAGCAGCAUGGAAAAUCCAGUCAAUUUGGUAGUGGAUCAAGUAAGAUCGCUCCUAGUAUAUCUCUAAUUCCAGAUUUAGGUUUUGUUGCACCGGCACACACAAGUUUCAUUAGUGUACCCAAGAAUAGUUUUGCCACGAAGAAAUGACGUUUGUUGAAUUAUGAUCAAGCUAAUGUUGUUGGGGGCGGUGGCGUUAGAAAUGAAUUACUUAGACGCCGUGAUAGCGGUAUAAAUGGUUGUUCUAGUAAUAAUGAUAUUAUCACAUAGGAUUGACCUCGUAAUUUGGUUGUUUGUUUGUUUUUAUUUAUUUAAAUGUUUUUUUUUUUUUUAUUUAAUUUUAUUUUGUCUUCUUUAUUGUAGUUUUAGAUUUAAGGAACAGUUUUUUUUAGCUGUUGGUAGAGAUAUUGAAGGACGACACGGUUUGAUACCGUGCGUAAAUGAUUCCGUCUUAAAUGCCCUUGGCAGUGAGUGAUACGAUUUCUUAGAUCUCUUAUUAAAAAAAAAAACAAAAAGAAAAUAAAAACAUUUUAAUUAAAAAUUAGAAAAAUGAUAAGGUCUAUUUAGAGUCCAUUGCUAAGGAAAUUCUUUUAGAAGAAGAAUUUUCAACUUUUUGAGGAUUCUGUUUUAGUAAUAAAAUUGUUUGUUGUUUAACGUUAGCUAUAUUUUUAAAAUUUUCCAAUUUUUUUUAAUCUAUCGGAAACCAGCUGUCAUACAAUUC